UCAGCUGUUUGGUUAGUUUUGUUUUUUUUUUUUCACAAAUUGUUAAUACAUACGGGGGAAAUCUUCCAAAAAGGAAUAACAAAUAUUUUCUAAUUCCAAUAAUCAAGGACUUGCGCAAUUUAAAACAACAAAAAAUGUGGAUUAUAGUGGAAAUUUUAACACACUAACAGCCAUACGCACUUGUUACAAUCCUCUUGGAUUAAGCCAAAGAAGAAAAAAAAAUCAUACGGUGGAAAAAAAAAUGUCAUGGAAGUCAUGGUUACAAAGAAAGAAAAUGCGCAAAAUGUAUAGUUUCAUGAAUUUUCUUAAAUUCCACAAGAAAAGCUGAACUCAAAACGAAAGGAUACGAAUUCCAAAUACACAAUGCGUUGGCAGAACUACGUUGCUCGUCUGUGAAAACGGAACACGGUCACACACGGUUCUAAACGAAUAAAAAUUAAUCAAAACGAAUUAAAUAAUUUUUUAUUCACAUUAAACGAAUUAAAACAAACCAAAAAAACAAAUCAAUUAAAAGCAAAACAUGAAACAAAUCAAUAAUUGAAACUACUGAAAAAAGAAAGUGUUAAUAAAAGUGCAGUGAACCUUGAAAAAAACCUUAAAAUAAAUAUUUUCAAAGAAACCUCAAAAUCCCUACAGAAAAACAGUUUGUGUUAAUAAAAAUUUACAAAUUCAAUUGGAGUUUUAGCAGAGUUUUAGUUUAAUUAAAUAUUAAACUAAUUAAACAACUUACUAUUCCUGUAAAAAGGUCCAUAUUUUUCCAAGUAAUUUAGGCCAAAUUUUUUUGGCCCACUCACCGCCAACAUGUCGUCCGUUAAAGUGGCGGUUCGAGUGCGACCCUUUAACUCAAGGGAAAUCAGUCGAGAGUCAAAAUGUAUUAUAGAAAUGUUCGAUGGCACCACCACCGCCAUAACAAAUCCAAAAGUACCACCCAAUUCCAGUGAAUCCAUUAAACGUUUCAAUUUUGAUUAUUCCUAUUGGUCACAUGAUCCCAAAGAUCCAGACUUUUCCACACAGUGCAUGGUGUACAAAGACAUUGGCGAGGAGAUGUUACAGCAUUCCUUUGAUGGCUACAAUGUGUGUAUAUUUGCUUAUGGGCAAACGGGUGCUGGUAAAUCUUAUACCAUGAUGGGUAAACAGGAAGAACAUCAAGAGGGUAUUAUACCCAUGAUUUGCAAAGAUCUCUUCAAACGUAUUAGCUCCACAGAAUCGGAAGAAUUGAAAUAUUCGGUCGAAGUCUCUUAUAUGGAAAUCUAUUGCGAACGUGUACGUGAUUUAUUAAAUCCCAAAAAUAAGGGUAAUUUACGUGUACGUGAACAUCCCUUGUUGGGUCCCUAUGUAGAGGAUCUUUCCAAAUUGGCCGUUACUAGCUAUGAAGAUAUCCACGAUCUCAUAGAUGAGGGUAAUAAGGCCCGUACUGUGGCUGCUACUAACAUGAACGAGACCAGUUCUCGUUCUCAUGCUGUCUUCACUAUAUUCUUUACCCAAAGACGUCACGACACCAUGACCGAUUUGAUUACAGAGAAAGUUUCCAAAAUCAGUUUGGUCGAUUUGGCCGGUUCGGAAAGAGCCGAUUCGACUGGUGCCAAGGGUACACGUCUCAAGGAGGGUGCUAACAUUAAUAAAUCUCUAACAACCUUGGGCAAAGUUAUUUCUGCUCUAGCUGAAAUUGCUUCCAAAAAUAAAAAAUCGAAAAAAGCCGAUUUUAUACCGUAUCGUGAUUCGGUAUUAACCUGGUUGCUACGUGAAAAUUUGGGCGGUAAUUCGAAAACUGCUAUGAUAGCAGCCAUCUCACCAGCUGAUAUUAAUUAUGAUGAGACUUUAAGUACUUUGAGAUAUGCCGAUCGUGCUAAGGCAAUUGUUUGCAAGGCUGUGGUCAAUGAGGAUGCCAAUGCCAAACUUAUACGCGAACUUAAGGAGGAAAUACAAAAAUUACGCGAUCUUUUGAAGGCCGAGGGCAUUGAAGUGCAAGAAGGGCCUGAUGGCAAAGUGGUUUGUGAAAAACGCGAUACAAAUAAAGAUGAAAUUAAAGCUGGCGGCGUAGGAGGCGGUGGUGUUGGCAGUGUUGGUGGCGUUGGUGGUAAUAUUAAAUCACCCACUAAUGCACGUAAUCGUAAUGGUUCUACCACGGAAAUGGCCGUGGAUCAAUUGCAGGCUAGCGAAAAAUUGAUAGCGGAAUUAAACGAAACCUGGGAGGAAAAACUCAAGCGUACUGAAGAGAUUCGCUUGCAACGUGAGGCUGUUUUCGCUGAAAUGGGCGUGGCAGUUAAAGAAGAUGGCAUAACUGUGGGUGUUUUCUCGCCGAAGAAAACUCCUCAUUUAGUUAACUUGAAUGAAGAUCCCAAUCUAUCCGAAUGUCUACUCUACUACAUUAAGGAUGGCAUUACCCGUUUGGGUACUCAUGAGGCUAAUGUCCCCCAGGACAUACAACUCUCCGGUUCACAUAUACUCAAAGAGCAUUGCACUUUUGAAAAUCGUAAUAACGCCGUCACUUUAAUACCACACAAAGAUGCUUUGGUUUAUUUGAACGGUCGCCAAUUGGUGGAACCCGAAGUUUUGCGUACUGGCUCUCGUGUAAUUUUGGGCAAGAAUCAUGUAUUCCGUUUUACCAAUCCCGAGCAGGCUCGUGAAAUACGUGAAAAAUUGGCGGAGAGCGCCGAGAAUGAAAAUGAGAAAUGUGAUGCUCAAGAGGUGGACUGGAAUUUCGCUCAAUGUGAGUUGUUGGAAAAGCAGGGUAUUGAUUUGAAGGCAGAAAUGAAAAAGCGUUUGGAUGUUUUGGAAGAGCAAUAUAAGAGGGAGAAGAUGCAGGCAGAUCAAGAAUUUGAAGAGCAGCGUAAGUCCUAUGAGGCCCGCAUUGAUGCUUUGCAGAAACAGGUGGAGGAACAGUCCAUGACCAUGUCCAUGUACAGCAGUUAUACUCCUGAAGAUUUACAGGAUGAGGAAGUUUAUUCCAAUCCUCCCUAUGAGUCUUGCUGGACUGCCCGUGAGGCUGGCUUGGCUGCUUGGGCCUUCCGCAAAUGGCGUUAUCAUCAAUUCACUUCUUUGCGCGAUGAUCUCUGGGGCAAUGCCAUAUUCCUUAAAGAGGCUAAUGCCAUUUCGGUUGAAUUGAAAAAGAAAGUACAAUUCCAAUUCACUCUACUUACCGACACUCUCUACUCACCUUUGCCACCAGAGCUGGCCUCGACCGCUUCUCCUUUGCAAACUGAGGAUGAAUUUGGCUCACCUCCCGUAUCCAAGACUUUGGUAGCUGUUGAGGUCACUGAUACCAAAAACGGUGCUACCCACUAUUGGUCUUUGGAAAAAUUGCGUUAUCGUUUGGAAAUGAUGCGACAAAUUUAUAAUGUGGAAUCACCACCAUCAUCAAUGCUCUAUGAUACCUCAGCUUUAGUAAAUGAUGGUCAAUUAUUGCAAAAUUCUUGUACUUCUCUGAGUCCUCCCAACACUCUGAAUAACAUCUCUAACAAUACAGCUCCUACUCCUACUAAUAGCACAAUCGCUAAUACAGCUUCGACUGCGUCAGCUUGUACUAAUCUGUAUGAAAGUGGUCUGUGUAAUUUGCAUGAACUGACUAAAAAUUGUAAUAUGGGACAAGUUGUAGUGCCACCGAGACAAUCAGCCACAAAAUCCAUAUUGUCGAAAUCAAACAACAGUUCACCAUCCCGUUUGUCAUUGGCAAAUCUUAUGCCUUCUAGACAACGUCUUGAAUUGAUGCGUGAAAUGUAUCACAAUGAAGCCGAACUUAGUCCUACAUCACCUGACUACAAUGUCGAAUCUUUAACUGGUGGCGAUCCAUUCUACGAUCGUUUCCCCUGGUUCCGUAUGGUGGGACGUUCUUUUGUUUAUCUCAGUAACUUAUUGUAUCCCGUACCAUUGGUUCACAAGGUGGCUAUUGUUAAUGAGCGUGGAGAUGUUCGGGGUUAUUUGCGCAUUGCAGUGCAACCUGUAUUGGAUGAAGAAUCUCUUGACUUUAACAAUGGUGUUAAACAGUCGGCCCGUUUGAUUUUCAAUGAGGAUGAUGCUAAACCCAAAUAUCGGGCUUUGAAUGAGAAGGAUGAUGUCCAACGUUAUAUUGACAAUGGUGGUUUGGAUUCGAAAUUGGAAGAACUUGGAGAUGCAGAUUCAGGACGUGGCAUUGAUUCAAAUUCAGCAUCUGAAUGCCAGGAGACUCAGGAUGAACCAGGAGAACAUUUGCAAGUGGGCAAAGAAUUUACAUUCCGUGUAACGGUAUUACAGGCCACCGGUAUUGGUGCCGAAUAUGCCGAUAUAUUCUGUCAGUUCAAUUUCUUACAUCGCCAUGAGGAAGCUUUCUCUACCGAACCCGUAAAGAAUUCAGCUGGUGAUCGUUUGGGUUUCUAUCAUGUACAAAAUAUUACUGUACCCGUUACCAAAUCAUUUAUUGAGUAUUUGAAAACUCAACCGAUUAUGUUUAAGGUAUUUGGUCAUUACCAAACACAUCCUUUGCAUAAGGAUGCCAAACAAGAAUUUGUUUCCAGACCACCACCAAGACGCAUGUUACCACCAAGUAUACCGAUAUCGCAACCAGUACGUAGUCCCAAAUUUGGUCCACUACCUUGUCCUCCAUCCUCUACGGUAUUGGCGAAACAUGAUGUUUUGGUAUGGUUUGAAAUCUGUGAAUUAGCACCCAAUGGUGAAUAUGUGCCAGCGGUUGUUGAACACAGCGAUGAUCUUCCUUGCCGUGGUCUAUUCCUUUUGCAUCAGGGCAUACAAAGACGUAUACGCAUAACCAUUGUCCAUGAGCCUACACCCGAGGUUAAGUGGAAAGAUAUUCGUGAAUUGGUAGUGGGACGCAUACGCAAUACUCCCGAAUCCUCUGAGGAUGAUGAAGAUUCGUGUGUUUUAUCUUUGGGUCUAUUUCCGGGCGAAGUUUUGGAGGUGCCUGGUGAUGAUCGUUCAUUCUUUAGAUUUGAGGCCGCCUGGGAUUCUAGUCUUCACAAUUCGGCUCUAUUGAAUCGUGUGUCACAGGGUGGUGAAACAGUUUAUAUUACCUUGAGCGCCUAUUUGGAGUUGGAAAAUUGUGCUCGCCCUGCUAUAAUUACCAAAGAUUUAAGCAUGAUUAUUUAUGGUCGCGAUGCUCGUACUGGUCCACGUUCUUUGAAACAUCUCUUCUCUGGUCAAUAUCGUAAUCCGGAGGCAAAUCGCUUGUCGGGCGUUUAUGAAUUGUCAUUGAGAAGAGCAUCUGAUGCAGGUAGUCCAGGUGUCCAACGGCGUCAACGACGUGUUCUUGACACUAGCUCAACAUAUGUACGCGGCGAAGAAAAUCUUCAUGGCUGGCGUCCACGUGGCGACUCACUCAUCUUCGAUCAUCAAUGGGAAUUGGAGAAAUUGACACGUCUCGAAGAAGUGGGCCGUGUACGUCAUUUAUUGUUGUUACGCGAACGUCUGGGCAUGGAUACAAAUCCAAAUCCAACCACAAAAACCGAAAAGGAUGUUUGUAAUUUGGCUGCCAAAGCAGCUACAUCACCAGUACACAUGGUCAUACCACCAUCACCACAGACACCGGUCAAGGAUACACAACAGAUGAUGCCAGAGCGUGAGUUUAAUGAACGUGAAAAGGACUUGAUGUCGAAAUGUUUGAAAUUGAUACAAGGACGUUAUCAAAAAUCUGAAAAUUCAGAUAAUCAAACCCAAUCGGAUGUUUCACCCAGUGAUGAGGGCUGUGCUGAUAUGACAGUCAGUUGCAUAUCCAGCAAUUCCAUGGAGUUAUGCUCUCCUGAUCGUGCUGAUGCUCCCAAUGGCUGGGAAGCUCCUGCUCCGGCCACACAACCAGCUCUCCCUCUACGUUUGUAUGUACCCGAAUUGGAAGAAAUUCGUGUUAGUCCCGUGGUGGCACGCAAGGGUCUUUUGAAUGUUUUGGAACAUGGCGGUUCGGGCUGGAAGAAGCGUUGGGUGAUUGUACGUCGUCCUUAUGUUUUCAUCUACAAAUCCGAAAAGGAUCCCGUGGAACGGGCUGUCUUAAAUUUGGGCACAGCACAAGUGGAAUGCAGCGAAGAUCAAGCAGCUAUGGUUAAAAUACCAAAUACAUUCAGUGUUGUCACCAAACAUCGUGGUUAUCUGUUACAAACCCUGGGAGACAAAGAGGUUCAUGAUUGGUUAUACGCCAUUAACCCAUUAUUAGCUGGACAAAUAAGAUCACGUUUAGCUAGACGCACACAAGAGUCGGCUUCACAAACAGCCUCACAAAUUCAAGCAACAACCGCUACAAAUACAGGCUCGAAUAAUAAAUGAGAUACAAUAACGAUGGAAUCCGUUUUAGUAUAUUAAUUACAAAACAACAACAAAACAAAUACUUAAGAUUUAAAUUUAAUAAACCAAAAAGAAGUCUACAAAUUUAAAACUAAAUAAGAAAAUAUGAUACUAAACAAACCUACAAAAACUAAAAGGAGAAACAACAGUUUUGAAAGAUUUUGAAAAGCGUUAGACAACAGCCAGAAGAACUAUAAUUAAAAGUGCAAUAUUUUUUUCUAAUGAAAGUUAGAAAGAAGAACCCAAGUAAAAAAAUGGUUUGAGAUUUUUUUUUGAAACAACGGAUUCCAUCGAUAAAUUUAAAACAAAUAUAAAGGAGACGAAUGCAGGCAUUACAUAUAAACAAAAUAUAAAAAAAACAUUUAUAUAUAUAAAAAGAAAAGGAUAAAAUAUAUACAUACACUUAUAAGUAUAUAAAUAUAAAUAAACAAAUGUAUUGAAGUAAGUGAGCAAAAGUAAGAAAACAAGAAAUUAAAACAGAAAAUAAUGUAUUUUAACAAACUUGAAUAAAAUCUGAAAUUAUGUCCCCAUAACCCCCCUUACUUUUUAAAUCAAACAAAAAGUAACAUUUGAAAAGUAAAAUAAAAAAACAAUCCCUCCCUACUUCCUCCUUUAAGAUUUCUAACUAUAAAUGUUUCCAUAUAUACAUACAUUAAACAAACAAA